UGUGGGUAGAGAAUGGUUUCAGUGUGUUUUAAAAUGGCCGAUGCAAACGAGAAGUUGUUGGCAGAACUACUAAAAAAGCCUGGAAAUAACGAGUGUGCUGAUUGUGGAGCUAAAAAUCCAGAAUGGGCAUCGUACAAUAUUGGAGUAUUUUUGUGUACGCGGUGUGCUGGUGUUCAUCGUUCCAUGGGUGCGCACAUAUCAAAAGUGAAGCACUUAAAAUUGGACAGGUGGGAGGACUCACAAGUGACAAGGGUCAGGGAAGUAGGCAAUAAUGCUGCAAAACUCUAUUAUGAAGAAAGAGUACCACCUUGUUAUCGCAGACCAAAUCAGGACGCACCACAGGUUCUUGUCGAGCAAUGGAUUCGAGCGAAAUACCAACGGGAAGAGUUUUGCCACCCUGAAAAACAGAACCAAUACGUUUCAGGAUUUAUGGAAGGUUUCUUGAUGAAACGUGGCAAAGAGGAUGCGCGUUAUCAUCCUCGGAAAUUUGUUCUCUCUGAAGCAGAUGAUACCUUGAAAUAUCACGUUAAAGAAAAUAAAGAUCCAAAGGCUGUAUUGAGGAUAUCGGAGUUGAAUGUAGCAUUUGCACCACCAAAAACCGGCCACCAAAACAGUCUCCAAAUAUCAUUUAUGAAAGAUGGUUCGACUAGGCAUAUCUACGUUUAUCACGAAGAACCAGAAGUAAUAACGAAUUGGUAUCUCGCAAUAAGAUGUGCUAAACUUCACAGACUUCAAGUGGCUUAUCCAGGUGCAUCGGAAAAUGAACUACUGUCACAAUUGACUCGAGAUUUUCCUAAGGAAGGAUUUUUGUGGAAAACUGGCCCGAGACAUUCAGAUGGUUAUAAAAAAAGAUGGUUUACGUUAGAUGGGAGAAAACUUAUGUAUCACGAUGAUGCUAUGGAUGCACAUCCAAAAGGGGAAAUUUUUAUUGGUCACAAUUCUGAAGGUUUCGCACUCAAAAUAGGAGUUCCACCAGGUGCUAAAGAUCAAGGCUUUUCUUUCACUCUAGAAACUCCAGACAGAAGUUUCCUAUUAUCAGCUCAGAGUGAGGAUGAUCGAACUCAAUGGAUGAACGUAAUACAAAAAGUCAUUGAUAAGCCUUUAACGCCUCAAGACGCAACCGUGGCGGCAAGAUUAGUCAGAAAACGCACAGCUAGUGGAACAAUGAACAUAUUCUCAACGAGAUAGGGCUGGAUAACUCUUAGGAGAUUAUCAUGAUUUUUCCACUAAAAGAAUGGAUCAUCUGAUAGGUGAAAAAGAAAUUUAGGUGAAUUGUAAAUUAACAUGGAGAUAUCAAUGACGUGAAACGUUAGGGGAUAAAAGUUAGUGAGUGUAAUCGCGCACAAACACCGUCGAGUGGUUAUAAUAUCGCACGCAGUUCAUUUUGUAUACGUGAAUUUUCUUCACGUAAAAAAAGAAAUGAAAUUAUUCAAGACUGGGAAUAACAUUUGACGAACGACUGACUCAGUUAUUUUUUUUAUCGGUUAUUUCUUCAUAGAUCUAUCGAUCAUACGUCGUUUGCCAAGAACUACUCUACUAUUAAAUAAUCAAAUUAUUUUUUCGGAAGAAAAAUUGCUUUGACACGAAUGAAUGAUAAUACUGAACCAAUUUAUAUACGCUGUUUUUAUUUAAAAAAACAUGCGAUAUUGGACAUCACUCUUAGGUUAGACUGAAUAAAUUAAAUUAAUCAAUCACAACGAUUGGAAUUGUGACUAAUGGAGCUCUCAAUAUGAUAUUGAACGUAUCAUUUGUUUUAAGUCUUGAAGCAAAGGAACUUAUUUUCAAAAGUGGUACACGUCCGCAUUGCAAACACAAUUGUCUUUCACACUUCGGUAGAGAGUCGAUCCUUGUAUGACCACUAUUUGAGUCCUUAAACCGUUUUUUACAAACUAAGAAGUUGAAUGGUUUCAUCAUAAAAAAUGAUGAAAAAAAUUUGAUAAUUUUGGGAGAAAACCGAUUCAAGAAUAAAUGAAACACAUGAAGAUUAAUUUUUAAAAUAGCACAGUUGAAUUUCCAAAUAGGAAGAAUUUACUUAUUUAAAAGUUGAAAAAAUAAAAGAACCAAUCGAGCUUUAUCGACUGAUAACAAUUGCUAUGAGUCUACGCAUGAGGCCCUAUUGUGAAAUGCAAAGAGAUAAUUGAAAAAUGGAGGGAUUGCCAUCAUUUCAGUUUGGAUAAUGUGUAAACAUAGGAUCAACUGUCCCGUCUCCACAUUAAAUUACAUUUUUAAGAAAGUAUAUGUAUAUUUUUGAAUCCACAGAAAGUCAUAAAGAUUUUAACUGCUUAACGAAAAUACGAUGAAAUGAAAAAGAAAAAAAUUAUGAAUGAUUGGUGAAUUAAUUUUUUUACAUCUUGACAAAACAUAUGACAAUUGAGCAUGAGUCAACUAAUUUUAAAAUAAUUAUCAGUUAUUAAAAAAAUCAUCUUUUGAGAACUUUUCCAUGAAAUUUUCUUGUUUAUUUAGAACGACUUGAUCCUCACAAACAGUAUUUAAAACGUAGGUGAUGUACCACGUAUACCAAAUAUCAAUCAUCACAUGGAUUUGAUGAAAUUAAUGAAUGCAUAAGAAUCCAAAAAUGGAAUAAAACAAGUGAAUGUCAUUAUUAAUAAAGAAAACUGUUUUGUCAUUAAAAGAAGAAUGUGAUUUUAUUUCUUUGCAUUGCAUGAUUUUUCGUUAUCUCUGUAUUGGAAGCAAGCAUCUUAAUUUC